GCCAUCCGAGACGUCUAGAGCGAAUUGAAGCUACAAUCAAUCUCGAGAUAGAUCUCUUGAAAACAACCACCUAAACACCCAUCUAUCUAGUGCACGGCAACUGCCUACCUCUGUCAAGAUGGCUGGCGUAGAGCACUACCGCAUGUCGUUGGACCCGGCUAUCCAGAAGCUGGGGAACAUGACCACGAACCGCCACAAGUAUUUCCGAUGGACUCCGCGAACCGCCCGCAUCACCUUCAUGUACGCCGUCGUCGUGCCGGCCAUCCUCGGCACAAUCGCAUACACCACCGACGGAAAGUACGACUUUCGAGUGAAGAGGAAGGGAGACUUGAUUAGUGAGUUCUAAGAAAAGAAUUCGCGUGGGAGAAGCUUGGACAGCUGUAUAUAGGGCUAGGCGAAACUACCGCAAUUGAACGAGGACUUUGACCAAUGAACACUUCUCAGUACCUCUACUUUUCAAGAGUACAAUGUCGAAGUUGAUCUUGAAAAUGAAUAUCGAGAGGGUUCUAGUGCCUAACGUUAUGGUAUACUCUUCAAUGGAAGCUCCAGGUUGUGAUAUAUAUGAUAUGCGAACGACAACUCCUGAAAGACCCGCCACUUGUCCUCUUCAGCAUAUUUCAUUCAGACAUCUCUCAAAAAUAUAUUCUAAUCAUCAAUAAGAGCGUACCUUCUCCUCUG